AUGUAUAAAAAUAAUGUUAAAAAUUCAGGCGCUUAUGCGGCUUGUGGUGGGCGAGGAGUGUAUUUGGGAAUCACAACGCUCUGCAGUUUCACGUCGGCGUGUUAUGUUCUGGUGAAGUCGAUUGUUAUGCUCGGGGUGGCCUCCGGGGAGUGGGGGCGGCGGCACCGCGAUUUUGGGGAGAAGGGCGGGGCGGCGGCCGUGGAAGCGCUUUUUCUGAGCUCGCUGGCGCUUGCGGUGGCGCAUCUGGUGGUGGCGUACCGCACCAGCUGCAGGGAGCGGCGGAAGCUGCUUGUCUACAGAAUCGACAUCGAAGCAGUAAAGUUGAAGGGAGUCCAAACAAAAGGAGUGAAGUGAAAGUGUCAGAAAAACUUACCAGCUUAAAUUAUUUAAAAAAAAAAAAGAAAAAUAUUUCCUACAUAUGGUAAGUGAAAACACUUUUUUUUCUUUCUUUUUUUUUUUUUUGCGUCCACCACGAGACGAAAUAUUUGAAAAAUACCCAUCAAAUGUAAGAUAUAGUUCUCCAAUUUUGAUUACAUAGUAAUGUACAUUCCAACUUGGGCAUAAAAAUAUGCCCAAGUAGAUUGCAGUGUAAUGUGUACAUAACAGAAUUUGCUUCCUAAUAAGAAUGAGCGCCCUUGCAUGGUUAAAAAAAUAGGAAGGGUCAUUACAUCAA